AUGAAAGUUCAGAAAAUACGACAUAGAUUUGAGUGCAACCUUCGAUUUUUGUUAACAUGGCUAAUUUUGUCAGCAGUGGCAUGCAUUAUUUACGUGUUUGUGGUAUUUGGAUCGCUUAUCAAUAAGACUGUAUUACCAAGUAAUAAUGUACCCAGUACCAUUCCCUACAUCACAGUUCCAUCUGAAUAUAACGUGUUUUUGGUUUUCAAUUCUACACCGGAAACAGUGAAUCGGGAAUAUAGUGGAAGCAUACAAAUGAAUUUUGUUGCUCGAGAUGUUACCCAACAGUUAUUCUUCCAUCGAGGUGACAAAAUCAAAAUAUCUUCUAUAACAUUAGAAGAUUCAAAUGGAACAAUGUCUACCCCCUCCCCUGGCGCUUAUGAUAAAUCGACAGGAGUGCAAGCUUAUAUUCCGAUAUCCAAUUUGACCUCUCAAGAAAACUACAUUCUCCGAAUAGACUUCGAUGGGGAACUCGACUUUCCUGGAGGUGGUCCCAAACACUUGGAAUACACUCUUCUCAACGGGACAUCCAGAUACUCGAUAGUGUUUGGAAACUCGGUGACCUCUUCCUCAGGUCUUCGAUAUUUGAUGCCUUGUCUUGAUGCAACAGACUUUCCAGCAGUUUUCAAUUUCAAUAUUCGUCACUCUCCAAGGUCAAUUAUGCAUACUGCUACGAUCUUCAAUGCAACACUUACCAUGGACUCUUCGCAAGUGACAUUAGCCUUAAUUGACACGGAUUUAAUACCAGUUAUCGUUCAACAAAGCGGAUUGAUUAUCAAUAAGUACUACAGAACAACUAUUGUGAAUAAUAUCUCAACUGACAGAAUUAUCCAGUUCAUGUCCUCAAAAUCUGAACAAAUUGGGAAAGUUGAUGUGCUAGCAUUACCAUCUUUAUCGCCGACUCAGCAGCCUGGUAUCACUUUUUACGAUGAGCAUGAUGUGAUCAGGGAAAAUGUUGAUCUGGGAUCAAUUGGCUCUGUUUAA